AUUCUGACCCAGGAGGACUGGAACAAGGUGCUGUAUAACGGCAUGGCCUCCACCUCCCCUGUAGCUGCUCUCUACUUCAUCGCACUCAUGACAUUUGGCAACUACGUCCUUUUCAACUUGCUGGUGGCCAUCUUGGUUGAGGGAUUCCAAGCUGAGGAAAUGUCCAAGCGGGAGGACUUGCAUGCCCAGCUGAGCCUAAUUCAGCUGCCUGUAGACUCAGGGGGUGAUGCUUCGAAAACAGGUUCAGAGAUUGGUUCUGUUGCAAGAAGUAUGGAGGAUGUUAACGGCAGCAAGAAGGAUUUAUCACCCUCAGCAGUAGUGCCAGUAAAUGGUUAUGUGGAGAUGAAAACAAGUCUGACUCCACCACUUAUUACCCACACUGCUGCCACCCCUAUGCCUGUGCCCAAGUUGCCUGUGGCGGUUGACCCCAUCCUGAGCUAUGAGUCCCGGCAAGGCAGCAACAUCUCCAUAGACCCAGCCUUCAAUGAAAAAUCACCAACCAGUGCUCGCUCCUCCCCUCACCCCCAGUGGAGCUCUGGCAGUGGCUGGACCAGCCGCAGGUCCAGCUGGAACAGCUUGGGUCGGGUGCCGUCCUACAAGCGACAGAAGCGGCAGUCUGGCGAGCGGCGUUCGCUCCUUUCCGGGGAGGGCGACUCAACCUCCAAUGACGAAGACGGUGGAGGAGAGGGUGGGGGUGGGCUAAUGGAAGAAGACAACUUGUCCCUAGCCAGGACAGACUCAAUGUCCCAGUCACAGAGAGGUCCCCGACACAGGAGGAUGGAGUCCGUGGAGACCCGAAGCUCCAUGGAUUUGCCCCCAGAGGCCUUGCUGCAGGUGCCAUACCUGUACCGCUCAUCCAGCAUGCACAGCUCUAGACCUCCUUCCUUGUGUCAUUUACGGCCUCCAGAGCACAGAGAUUGCAAUGGGAAGGGCUCUCCAUCAGCCCUCAAUCCUAUAAAUGUCUCUUUGGAGGAAAACACUGAAGACGAGAAUGUAGAGGAGGAGGCCAACCUGGGUCGUUUUGCCAGAAUAUUACGAUGGAUGGAGAAAAAACAGCCAGAGUGGUGUCGACAGAGGGAUACGUGGUCACUCUACCUGUUCCCUCAAGAGUCCAGGUUUCGGAUCCUGUGCAACAAGAUCAUCACCCACAAGAUGUUUGAUCAUGUUGUGCUGGUCAUCAUCUUCCUCAACUGCAUCACCAUCGCUAUGGAGAGGCCUCGCAUCGAAUCUGCCAGUGCUGAGCGGAUCUUUCUGACAGUGUCAAACUACAUCUUCACAGCAAUCUUUGUGGCUGAGAUGACGGUAAAGAUCGUGGCCAUGGGCUUUUUCUUUGGAGACAAAGCUUACCUGAGGAGCAGCUGGAACAUCUUGGAUGGAAUGUUGGUGAUGAUCUCUGUAGUUGACAUCCUGGUUUCUCUCAUUUCUAAUUCUGGAACGAAGAUUCUGGGCAUGCUCAGAGUGUUGAGACUGCUGAGGACCUUGAGACCAUUACGCGUGAUCAGCAGAGCCCCGGGGCUGAAGCUUGUGGUCGAGACACUGAUGUCAUCACUGAAGCCCAUCGGCAACAUCGUGGUCAUCUGCUGUGCCUUCUUCAUCAUCUUUGGCAUUCUGGGAGUACAGCUUUUCAAGGGAAAAUUUUUUGUGUGCCAAGGAGAGGAUGUAAGGAACAUCACCAAUAAAUCAGACUGUUUCCAAGCCAACUAUAAAUGGGUCAGACACAAGUACAACUUUGACAACCUUGGCCAGGCUUUGAUGUCUCUCUUUGUGUUGGCCUCAAAAGAUGGAUGGGUGGAUAUUAUGUACGAUGGACUUGAUGCUGUAGGAGUGGACCAACAACCUAAAAUGAACCACAACCCAUGGAUGCUGCUUUACUUCAUCUCCUUCCUCUUGAUUGUUGCCUUUUUCGUCCUCAACAUGUUUGUGGGCGUGGUGGUGGAGAACUUCCACAAGUGUCGACGGCACCAGGAGGCCGAGGAGGCCAAACGCAGGGAGGAGAAGAGACUGAAACGAAUGGAGAAAAAGAGACGGAAAGCUCAGAGUAAGCCUUACUACUCGGAUUACUCCCCCACCCGGCUGCUCAUCCACAAGAUGUGCACCAGCCACUAUCUGGACCUGUUCAUCACCAUCGUGAUAGGGCUCAACGUCAUCACCAUGUCCAUGGAGCACUACGAGCAGCCACAGGAGCUGGAUAAUGCUCUGAAGAUCUGUAACUACAUCUUUACCCUUAUUUUUGUUUUCGAGUCUGUCUUCAAGCUGGUGGCCUUCGGCUUCCGUCGCUUCUUCAAGGACAAGUGGAACCAGCUGGAUCUGGCCAUUGUGUUGCUGUCCAUCAUGGGCAUUACUCUGGAGGAGAUUGAGGUCAACGCUUCACUGCCCAUCAACCCAACCAUUAUCCGCAUCAUGAGAGUGCUGAGGAUUGCAAGAGUGCUGAAGCUCCUGAAGAUGGCUGUUGGAAUGAGAGCUUUGCUGGACACAGUUAUGCAAGCCCUACCUCAGGUGGGCAAUUUGGGUCUACUCUUUAUGCUCCUCUUCUUCAUCUUUGCAGCACUGGGAGUGGAGCUUUUUGGUGACUUGAUUUGUGAUGAGCUCCAUCCAUGUGAGGGUCUGGGUCGCUAUGCCACAUUCAGGAACUUUGGGAUGGCAUUUCUUUUGCUCUUCAGAGUUUCUACUGGGGACAACUGGAAUGGAAUCAUGAAGGACACACUGAGGGACUGCGCCCAGGACACAGGCACCUGUUACAACACUGUGGUUUCUCCCAUUUACUUUGUGUCAUUCGUUUUGACUGCUCAGUUUGUGCUGGUAAACGUGGUCAUUGCGGUCCUGAUGAAGCACCUGGAAGAAAGCAACAAAGAGGCAAAGGAGGAAGCAGAGCUUGAAGCAGAGUUGGAGCUGGAGCUCCAGAUGGAAGGGGCGGAAGUGGAGGCAAGGUCGCCCCAGCUCAACCCUCUUGCACUGGGCAUGGACAGGUCGAGUUCAGGGGGUUCCCCCUGGAGGUCUACUAGAGGUGCAGAAAUGGAGCAGGAGAGGGAAUGUCCUAUGGACUCACUCACUGCUGAUAUAACCAGAGACACUGUAAACAUCAAAGAAGAACCACCAUGUCCAGAGCCACAGCUGGAGUGUAUCCAGCGGAGAGCUCAGUUUGACUCAGUCUCCCUGGUCAUCCAGGGUUCAAUGGAGGGAGAGUUGAGUUUGAUGGACAACCUGUCUGGCUCUAUCUGCCACUACUACGCGCUGCCUCCCAGACCCAGCAAGCACAGCACCGACAAGAAGCCAGAGGAGCUUAGUUAUGAGGGGCCACUGAAAGACAACCUGCUGAGUGUCAAAAAGCCUGCAGUGGGACGGACCCACUCUCUACCCAAUGACAGCUACAUGUUUUUCCCCCUGGAACCCUUUGGCCCCUCUUUUCCUGCUCCACUGCAGCUCAUAGCUCAGUCACAAGGAUCCCAACCCAUACUGGGCAUCCACAGGGCUCAAUCCGGUUCCAGAGGCUCAGUGCAGUCGCAGCCGGAGGAACYUUCUCAGCAGCUGACAGUCCCCACAGACUUCUUCAGACCCAUCAGCCCCAACAGCCACUCAGACUCAGAGAGUCUACAGCGACAACCCCUUCCCAGACGCACACAUGCACUUAGUCGCACACUCCACCGACAGCUCCUUUUCGUGCCCCAUUUUCCAGGUUGCUGUGUCUUCUGAUUCUCAAGAGGCCCUCUGUUCAGAUGGAGAGAGGGGGAGCAGUGAAGGACUUUUGAAUGUGGCAGCUUUGGAUGUACCUUCAUCCUUCUCUUCUUCCUCCUCCACCUCUCCCUACUCCUUUUCCCAUCAUCAGCAGCAGCAGCCAGCUCUCUGCCUGAUUACUGCUACACCAGGCACCUCUGGGUGUUCACGCCCCGGCAGCGUGCACACCCAGCAGCACGACCAACACUGCCUCACAUCCUACACCUCCUCAACCUCCCUUCUGACUCCCCCAAUCCUACCAGCUCGCCCCCAGCAGGAGGAAGGGGAGGAGGCUACAGAGGAUCAYGAGGUGUCUCUUAUCAACUGCAGAGGACUGGCUGAACGUGAUUGUAUCAAAGUGAAGGACGGUAGCAAUGGCAGCAACGAGGGUUACCAUGGCUACGUAAGCUGCCAGGAGAGUAAGAGUCCAUGCUUAAGGCAGCUCAAGAGAUUCCACAGUGCUGACACACAAGGCCGUAGCACCCUAAUGCCCCGCCCCCGCCCUCACUCCUGGCUGGAUGACCCACAUCGCCACUCUGUGGAAGUGUGUUCCUCAAAAGACCACAGGCCACAGCGCAGCACCCACUCCACCUCCUCGGGCUUUGUGUCCCAGACUGACAGCCCGCAGAUUCACAGCCAGAUUCCCACCCAGAGCUCACUGCCCUCCCUCCGARGCAAAAAAAAGACAAGCCCACCCUGCAUAUCUGUGGAAGCCCCAAAUGAACUGGAGACCCAGUCUGGCCUCUACCCGGUGCUGGAUGGACUGGGGAUGACCCCUCCUCUGCUUAGCAGAGACACUUGUUUGAGGAGGAGAAUUCCCUCUAAUGAUUCCAAGGACUCGUUCGAUCUGGGGACCGGAGAGGGCUUGGGGCAGGCGGGAGGCUUGUUGAAUCCCAGCCCCAAACUACUGACUCUUCCCAGCUUCUCCUUUGAGAAAACAAGCUCUGAACACUAAAUACAAUACUCCAAACAUACACAGAUACACACGCAGACCCACCUCCACGUACACACAUAAACACAUGAUGCACUCUGUGUGUCUGUGAUGGUGAUAGUUCUAGUUAGAAUGCUGUAGAAAGUAAUAAUGGUAAAACUACAACAAACAGUAAAACCAUCCUUCACGAGGAGUGCAGUACUCUAGUAGUGUGACCAUUCUUGUCUUUGUAUCGUUACUGCCAAAACAACCAGAGAAGAAGCCUGGGACAACAAAACCUGACUGUUUUAUUUUCUGUGACACCUGCACGCCACCGGCUGCAGCUUGACCCCUGAACCUCCAGAGCAGCACCAGAACCUGGGAUAGGGUAGCUACCAAAACAGCCUGGUGUUACACAGGGCGGACCUGGUCAGUGGAGGCACAAAGCAAUAUGAACGUUUUAGAGACACUAUUUUCUUAAAUUAUUGGGCCACAGUGUUUGUACAGGAUGUUGUUUUAUUUUUGUUUGUUUGUAAUUUUAUUCAAACAGGUUUUUUUUUCUUUUCACACGUUUGGUCAACGUUUGGUUUGUCUUGUUUCUUCUUUUUUUUCAUUGUAGGAAAUUUUUAGUUUCCUCCGUUUGCUGAGGAAAGUGAACGAUUUUCAAUUUUAAAAGUGCUAAAAGA